CGCAAACAUAAGCACACUGACAAUAGUUCAUCAUCUUCUGGAUCAAUGAUGGAAACCAGUUUGAGUAGAUUUUUAAAUAUGAACCGACAACAACUUAACGGACAAUUAUACAAGUACACUAAUGUAGUUAAAGGAUGGCAAUAUCGUUGGUUUACGGUUGAUGCUCAAGCUGGAUUACUAAGCUAUUACCUAUGUGAACCAUCAAAUGAUGAUUCGAAUCCGCACAUUAUCGGAAGUUCUCCUCGAGGUCAGGUUCAUUUAGCAGGUGCUGUGAUUUGUCCAAGUGAUGAGGACUCAAAAACUUUUACUGUCAAUUGUGUCUCCGGUGAUAUGCUAAAAUUACGUGCCGGUGAUGCACGCGCUAGACAGGAAUGGGUCGAUGGCUUACGAGCAAUUGUUGAGAGUCACUCAAAUUCUACGGCUUCUCUUGGACCACGAGAUCAACUUGCUGCCUACGAUGCUUUUGGAGCUGCUCGUCAGCAAAUGCAACAGACCGAAUUGAGCAAUGCAGCAUUGGCUCGGACGAUUGAAAGUGUUACUAGUCCUUUAUCACCCACUGACCCCGAUUUGUUGAUGCUUAAAGCUGUUUCCGCAGCCAGCACCCAUUGCCUGUUGCAAUGUUUAGGUCUACUUCAGAGAUACAACGAACUAGCAGAUGUACGCGUAGAACCCACAAUUUAGUACUUAUUUGAUGAAUUUUCAUGUUUAGUUAUAAUUAUAUAUAGUGAAACAAAUCUGUUAUCCUUGUAUUCAUCCGAAUUGGUAGAAUAAUUUGGUUGUGCACAUAUAUGCUGCAUAUAUUCCGAUGAUGUUGAAAACAUAUUUUUUCGGUGCAAUUAAUGCACACCCUAAUAAAUUAAACAAAGAUGUUUAAAAAUAUUCAAUGCAAUAAACAAAAUGACAAACUGUUCAGUUUUUA